CGUUCCAUUCUGACAAAACCAAUCCAAACGCAGAGCAGAUCGGAUACAUUGAUUUAUUGAGGAGUGACAUGAAUGAGGACCUUCUUUUUUUCUUUUGGGAUAAAUUUUUUUUUGCCAAAUGGAACUCGAUGUUUGUUAACAAAUUAAUUUUGGGUAACUAAGGAGCGUGGACUACAUGCAACAAUACAAGAGGAGCUAAAGGAAUGGGUCCCAAACUCAUUUGUUUUGUAGAUGAAAGAGGAGUAGACGCGAGUGAAAGGAGAGGGAAGAUCACACACGCACAUUGUAGCAAAGCAAAACCAAAGGAAUUGUGUCAUGUGGUAUGAAUUUAAAAGAGGGCAUAAAAUUACAAAAACUAGAGAACAAAAAGUCUUUAUACCCUUUUUCUUUCUUCCACUCUUUCACAGUGAGUGUGAUUGUUGGGGAGAGAAAGCAGAGUGAGCGGUUGAGAACAACCCACCUCAGUUUUCGCUUUCUAUGAAGAAGGAAGCCAAAUUCAAAGAGUGUGAUAAAGGAAAGUCGAGAAGAAGGCGAUGAUGGAGAGAGAGAGAGAGGAGAGAGAGAGAGAGAAAGGGGUUGGAAGAGAAAGGUCGGCAACAAAUAACAACACAAGUAAGAUAGAGAUAUAGAAAGAGAAAAUAGAAGAAAAGAGGAAAAGGGUCGUUAUAGGCUUAUUCGAUGGAUACUAAUUAUAUUGUUUUGUUUGUUUUUCUUUCUUAUUACAACACUGCAGUAGCAGCACAAGUCCAGUAGCACCAGCUUGGCUCUAAAAUUUCCUUUGUUUUUCCACUCUUUAUUUUUUAAUGAUCUACCGACUUAACUGGAAGGUGCCUCAGUCAUCUCUCCCUCUCAAUACCCACAGACUCUUUUUUUCCCUAAUAAAAGCCAAAGUGCCAGUAUCAGCAGCAGCUACUAGUAAGCUAAUAGAAGAACACACUGUUUUCAGUAGCAGCAGAUUGCAGAAGGCAAAGGAGAACAACAACAAAAGAAAAACUACUGCCUGCUGCACCAAUUAGAAAGCCACCCAACAAACAAGAUCUUUCUUUCUUUCUCUUUCUAAAACCUUCCCUUUCUUUUUAUCUUCAUCUGCUACAAUUUCAGAGAAUUUGACCCCACCGUCCCCUUCUCUCUAACUCAUAUGACACCCACAUAGAAAUCUUCUUAGAUUGCUCCUUUCCCCACUUCUACAUCUUUUUUCCUUGUAUCUUUUUCAUUAAAAAAAAUUGGCUUUUACUCUUAUAAUUUAUUUAUGUUUUAUGUUUGUAAAGAUUGGGAUUUUUAACAAUCAAAGGAGACAUCUUUGUUAAUAUAUUUUUGUUGUUAUCAUUGUCAUUGUGGCUACCACAAGAAGGCAGCUGCCGUCAGACUCAGGAGCCUUCGCAGAGUGGGCGACGUCAUCGUCCACAGCAAUCCGAGCUGGCCCCGAUGACCUUUCUCUUGGCUUCAAUGCUAACGCCGCCGCGGCUGUUGCUGCUCCUGGGUCCACUAGCCCUCAAUGGCCACCCUCAGCUCGUCCAAUCAACUACGGAGUGUCCCACGAAAUGGGGAUGGUUGGUCUCCGGGAUUUCGUCGUUGUUGCUCCUGCUUCAUCUUUUAACCAUCACAACCACCAUCAUCACCACCAUGCUCAAGAUCCCAUCAUGGCAAAUGAUCAAAUCAACGGUCCAAAUGCAUCCACGACACUUGGUGUUGGCGUUGGCGUUGGUGUUAUCCCACUCCUUACAGCAGCUCCAUGUUUUCCUCCACAAAAUGUGGAAGAUUCUGAUCUCUUGAAUAAUAUUGGUCGUAACAAACACAGUGUUAUGCAGUUAUGGCAGAAUCAAAAUUCUUCUGAUUUUCUUAGAAAACCAUCUUCAGUCCCUGAGAACAAUAAUUCUUCUAUGAAUUUGAUACAAAGCAGUGGUGGCGGUGGGAUGGGACUUGGGAAUGGUGGUUCAGGUUCAAGCUCAGGGGCAACGUGUCAAGAUUGUGGAAACCAAGCUAAGAAAGAUUGUACCCAUAGGAGAUGUAGAACAUGUUGUAAAAGUCGGGGUUUUGAUUGCCCUACUCACGUGAAGAGCACGUGGGUACCUGCUACUAGGAGAAGAGAGCGUCAGCUCAUGGCGGCUGCAGCUACUACUGCUGGUGCCGGCUCAUCAGGGUCCACUUCUGGAGCCAAGAAACCAAGACUUAUAACUUCACAGACUACAACCGCUUCUCAUACAUCAACUUCAAAUACUACUCCUCCUAGAAGCUUUGACAAUAGCUCAAAUCACCAAGAUGCAGGUUUUAAAGAGACGUUGCCGGGGCAAGUACGUGCACCAGCGGUAUUCAAGUGUGUAAGAGUGACAGCAGUUGAGGAUGGGGAGGAUGAGUAUGCAUAUCAAGCAGUUGUUAAGAUUGGCGGACAUAUAUUCAAAGGGCUUCUUUAUGACCAAGGAGUUGAAGGAAGAGAUGGGUUCCCUAAUAUAUCUGAAUUGCAUUUAGGUGGUGGUGUUGGUGGAGGGAGUGGAAGAAAUGGGGGGUCAUCGUCUCCUGUGCUUGAUCCUUCUGAAGUUUAUGCAGCCACUGGAGGUGACUUGCUUGGUGGUGCAGGUUUUGGUAAUCCAAUAAACUGAGAUCAUCUUUUCGAGUUAAAAAUAGUGGAUUGAUGGACUCGUGGGAUGCAUUGUAGUCUAAUUCGUAUUUCUGCUGCCUACUAAUUAUUAAUAGGAUUUUGUUUCGAUCUUCUUCUUGUUGUGGGUUUGUAUCCUUAUUAACUCAUGUCUUUCUUUGAUUUCAACUGUCUUUGUCCUUUUUAUAUUUUUGUUAUGUCUAAUUGCCUUUGAAAUUGCACUCAGAUCAUCUUGUCAACGAAUCUACAUUUUCUUACAUUAUUAGGAUAUAUGUUGUACCGAAUUACAUAUCAUAGAAAAUAAAGGUAAGAACAAGAGAUCCUGCACUAGUAGACAA